UUUGGUGUGGUACGUACUUUGUUGGACUCAAUACCUGAUAUUUUAGUUGGUCUGAGACUGUUUACCAUCGGGCUUCAACACUUCACAUUUAUUUGUGUCGGAGUCAUGACUGAUUUUAAGUAUAUAUUGGUUUUGGUGACGGGAGUUUUCGGCCACACUUGCCACGAGGGCACAGAUCUUAUUGCGACUGACACUCAACAAGUCAUAGAAACACCCGGGUUCAGCAACUUGAUGGCGAGUUCAAGCUAUCUGUUUGAGGCAUGUUAUAUCGAAACAAAGGAUCCCAUGAACAUAAUCCAAGUUGAGAUAGAUGUGGAUAUGAACGCUCACACGAGCUGUUAUUUUGACAGCAUACAAAUAUUUGAUGGACCGAGCAGUGGAGCGGCUUCCCUCGGGAAAUUUUGUGGAACCUCCUCAGGCAUAUCCCGUUUAAGUUCCGGUCGAGACAUGUACAUUGUGUUCAUUGGUCACGGGAGUCACAAUUAUCUGAAAAAGAGGGGAUUCAAACUUAAAUAUAAACAGAUUAAGGAUGAAAGCGCUAUCUGGGUGAUUUGUGGCGCAGUGUUGGGAGUUGUAUUCAUCGUUGCGAGCAUUUGCCUGGGAAUAUUCAUCUUUUUUAUGUGCAAGUCGAAAGAUCAGGUGAUUCCUUCAGCACCAGGCAAGCCUUCAAAAUCAUCAUCGACCGCACGUUUGGAUGACGCCUUUACCGCAGCAGCAUGUCCCAGCAAAUCUGGCACAGAUUCGCACCCGCUGUGAUACAUCAGGAUUUCCAUACAAAAUCCACAGAUUUUAUGAAUGCAAGACAUGUACAGCGAGACUCUGCCUGAAGAUUUUGGAUUGUAGUGGAAGAAAUACGACCACCACGACAAGAUUAGAAAAAUGUUCUUUUGUGUGUUUUUAUUUUUGACAAAUCAUACAAUAAUAUGUAUUUACCAAUAUUAUGUUAAAACGAUCUACAGUACGCGUCAGGUGUUAUGGUUCUCUUUCGCCCUCAGGGUUGCGAGUGUCACUCGAGUGUAGGGGAAUAAGUACGCCCCGUGUUUCAACUCGGGGUUCGUGGUCAGAGUUUUGCGACCUUUCACCUUUAUCUGUACUGAUUGUUUUACCAUGUAACAAUUCAUUAAUAUGCUCCUUCGGAUUUUGAGAAAACGUAAAAUACUGUAUAUCCGUAGAUUGGCUGAAUGAUCAUGAAUUCAUACGUAAUUUUCAUUAAUUGGCAACGAACUCGUGUCCUGCUAUUAAUCCCACGGACUUCAAUUAUCACAAGUAUACCUAGUAAGGCAUCAGUACGUGGGAUGAUUAUCAAUUUAGACAAAAUAUUUCUGGUGUUUUCGAAACAAGCACUAACUCAUAGAGUUGUCGUACCGUCUCCAUCGCAUCACGCCGUACAAAACGCCUGAACCUCGUCUUGCAGUACAAACUCUAAUGCUUUAUAUACAUGUACAUGUAAAUGUAAUAAAGAAUUUGUAUAUUGAUUCAAGGGUAAGCAAAUGGUAUUGAUUUGAAUUGUGUAACCAUAUGUUUUAAACAUUUGAUCGCUAACACGAGUAAUACUGCCAACGCUACGAACCAAUCACAAUCCAUGAUUCUAAAACCACGCCCACAAAUGGUGCAGUGAGUGUCAAUCAACGCAUCAGAGGGAAACGUGUCACAUAUCUUCACAUUGUAUUACAUCCGCAAAAAUAAUUUAAAAAUAAAUAAAAUACUCUUUUUACUUAUAUCUUAUAGAAUCAUCAGCACCCGUAACCAGAAAAUUAUUAUCAGCUAAGCCAUUUUUUAUUUACUUUCAUCGCACGUUCAUUUUAAUACUUGUUUAGGUUCAUAGUCUCGUGAACCGAAUCAGACUUUAGUUGGUUCAUAUAGCGACAAUGCAGCGCAAAUGUAAAUAUUUAUUAGUUAGUUUUCAGUAUUGUAUCAAAACGAUAUUUAACUAGUUAUUGAUGCAUGCCGCGCUAACGAAAAUGUAUCGUUUGUGUUCUUAAUUUUUUUUUAAUUGUACACAUUUCCUUUAACUUGUGAACAAAUCAAAAUUUUUAAUGAAAAGGUGCUACAAUUUGUAAUACCAGAAACAUAUAUAACAGAUAUAAAUAGCUCUCUAUUUGCCCCGAAGUGAUACCCUCAUGAGCAAAGACCGAUUUACCUGUGCUCGCGUGUGUGAUAUGGGACAAAGUGCUC